AUGCAUUCUGCUGAUCAACGGUCGCUGUUGCGAUUUCUUCUCGUCUUUAUGGAACAGAUGAGACAGCAGUUCGAGCGACCUUUGGCUGGAGCGCGGUCUGGCGUAAAUAGCAACGAGGGGAACGUGCAUGCACCAUCCUCGCUCACUGCUGCUCAGCUGUGCCCCUGCCGCUUGGCUAUUACUGGCGACAUGUCCGAUGUCGCAGAGUCACAGCUGUGCGACUGUAGUCGGAUGCCGCUCACAGAAGUAGAUGCGCUGUCAACAUUUUCAUGUACUUUGUUGGAAUUGGAUGAAAAUAAUGGGCUGUCACCAAGGCUGCGCAAAAACGGAGUAAAACUGCCACGAUUACGGAAGAAAGCAUCGGAUUUUGUGUUUUUGCGGAUUCUUGGCGAAGGUGCUUACAGUACGGUGAGUACAUCAACUGAUAGUGCUGUUUAUCUCGCUCGCGAACUCCGCGGUGGACAAACGCAGGCCGUCAAGGUCGUACAAAAGGACUUUUUAAUCCGACAUCAGAAACUGGCCGCCAUCAUUCGUGAGAAACACGUGUUAGCAUCACUGACCUAUGAGCGUGGCGGACAUCCGUUCGUAACUCGGCUCUAUUGCACCUUCCAUGAUCCAGAGCGAUUGUACUUCGUAACCGACGUAGCACAUCAUGGUGAACUGUUGGUUACGCUCAAUCGUCUCGGAUCGUUCGACAUUCCAACGUCACGGUUCUACGCGGCAGAAAUCGUUGUUGCACUUGAAUUUAUUCACAGGCAUGGUGUUGUACAUCGCGAUCUCAAACCAGAAAAUGUGCUCAUCCGAAGGAAUGGUCAUAUCAUGCUUACAGAUUUUGGCAGUGCGCAAAUAUUUGACGAGAACUUAUUUGUUGACUACGAAGAGGAGGAUGAUUCACCAACACAACUAAGAAAAGUCCGCCAACUGAGGAAAUUCGCCGAAGCUGCUGCUGCAGCAGCAUCCAGCAGUGCCAGCUCAUCCGUUGAGUCAGACGAACAGCUGGGAGUUUCGGAUCAUCCUCGUCGGGCUACGUUUGUUGGUACAGCUCAAUAUGUGAGCCCAGAAAUGUUGAGAGGUGAUGACGUCGGACCGCCGUGCGACUAUUGGGCUUUAGGUGCAAUGGUAUUCCAAAUGAUCUCUGGUCAGGCCCCAUUCCGUGCUAUCAAUGACUUUCAUCUGAUGAAUAAGAUACAGAAGCUCGAUUUCUCGUUUCCGUCAGACUUUCCCGAUGUUGCCAAAGAUUUUAUAGCUAAAGUUCUUGUGUUGGACCCAUCAGCACGCUUAGGAUCUGACAAUCUCGAUAAUUUGAAGUUGCAUAGUUUUUUCGAGGGCGUCGAUUGGAAGAACAUUGUGACUAUGAAACCUCCAGAUAUUCUUCAACCUCUUCCAGCCAGUCUAGAAGAAGCUGAGAUGAAUUCGGAAAAAUUGCCGGAUCCGGGAUUGGACGAAAAGGCUCUUAACCGCUUGAUGAACCUAUCUCUGGCGGGCAUGGGAGCUGCAAAGCAAUUAUCUCUGGACAGCGAAAUCCUGAACACUGCUGUUGACAUACCCAGUGACAUGAUUGAACUUCCCAAAAUUGACAAAAAGGCUGUGGCUGUCAGACAACGAAAACUCGAGAAGCAACGAAAGGAAAAUCCUUAUCACUUGUUUGUGCAGGAUAAUUUGAUCAUUCGUUCCGGCUUUAUCGACAAGAAGAAGGGAUUGUUUUCAAGACGGCGAAUGUUUUUGCUCACUGAGGGUCCACACCUUUUUUAUGUGGAUCCUAAUACUAUGGAGCUGAAAGGCGAAGUACCAUGGUCUCCUUGCAUGCGUACAGAAGUAAAGAACUUCCGGACAUUCUUUGUGCAUACGCCGAAACGAAUCUACUACCUUUUUGAUCCGGAAUCGAGAGCUCUUGAAUGGUGUAAGGCCAUAGAUCAGCUGAAAGUACGAUAUGCAGACCAAAUUGCUGAGUCUUAUGAAAAAGCUGUCAAAGAUGGCACGUUUGGUGUGAACAAAUUCAAGAAAUCCAGCAACUAUUUUGGAGAUAAACGGAAGAAAGAAGAAGACCUUACAAAGUUUGAGGAAAGGGGCUCACAACGAUGA